GAACACCCCUAGUUAAACGCCUCGGCGACCUAAAUUAUUUGUUUACAACAUAGCUUACAGUAUACAUGUACAGAUCAUGCCUAUUUUAGCAAGUAUUGCAGCUGCUUCUGCUAGGAGAAUUAACUUAAAUGCUUUAAAAUGGAAUAGAUCAUGUUCAAGCGGACUUCCUAUACUUGGCUGUUCACCUGAAACAUUGAAAUUAGGACGAAAAAUCGACAUUACACAGAGUCAGAGAUCCGCAUCAUCAUCGUCAACAAACACACGUGGCUCUGAAAACGAGCAUAAUGAACCCUACAAAUGGAUACAACACAAAAUGGUUUUUGCAGCCAUUUUUGGCCUGACAGGUUCUGUUUUAUAUUGGAAAUCAAAAAAUGGUGCGAUCAAAGCAGCUUCAGCUAAAAGUAGCCUUCAACCUGGAGGUGGAGUACAGCCAGGCUUACCGACUUACACUUUAUCUGACGUUGAGAAGCACAAGACUAAAGAAAAACGUAUUUGGGUAACAUACAAAAAUGGCGUCUAUGAUAUUACUGACUAUGUCACUAGUCAUCCUGGAGGAACCAAGAUUUUAUUGGCAGCAGGUGGCUCUAUUGAACCGUAUUGGAAUAUGUAUGGAGUUCACAAACAAGGAGAAAUCGUUGAAAUGUUGGAGGAACUUAGAAUAGGAAAUAUAACAGAAAAACCAAAGGAGCAAGCAUUUGACAAAAACGAUCCGUACGCAAAUGAUCCUAAAAGACACCCAGCUAUUAUACCAGCCUCUUCAAAACCGUUUAAUGGUGAACCGCCAUCAGCUAUUUUGACAGAUAACUUUUUGACACCGAAUGAUUUGUUCUACAUAAGGAAUCACCUUCCAGUACCAGAUGUAAAUCUGAAAUCUUACAAGCUUGACAUUUCCGUACAAGGACCGGGAAAGUUUACGUCCUUUAGUUUUGACGAUCUAAAGCGCAAAUUUCAUAAGAAAUCUACAGCAGUUGUCUUACAGUGCGCAGGGAAUCGACGAAGUGAAAUGGUUAAAAUAAAACCAGUGAAGGGAUUGAACUGGGGAACAUCUGCUAUUGGUAAUGCGGAAUGGUCUGGACCUUGCCUUGAUGACCUGUUGAAACAAGCUGGUAUAGAUAUUGACCAAGUAACCCAAAAACAUGUUCUUUUCUGUGGAAUGGAUAAAGAUCCCGCUGGUUCUCCGUAUGAAGCUUCUAUACCAAUUGAAUUGGCACGUUUGCUCAAACGUGACAUCAUCGUGGCGUACGAAAUGAAUGGUCAGGAGAUUCCUCGUGAUCAUGGCUAUCCAGUCCGUAUUAUCAUUCCCGGGAUCGUUGGCGCCAGACAAGUAAAAUGGCUGACUAGUAUUAAACUGAGCAACGAAGAAAGUACAUGUCACUGGCAACAAAAUGACUAUAAAGGAUUCCAUUCAUCCAUUGACUGGAAUAAUGUUAAUUUCAAAUCCGUACCUGCUAUCAUGGAACUUCCGGUUACCUCUGCUAUUUGCGAGCCAAUUGAGGGUACUGACUUGGCACCAGACGCUGAUGAAGUCACUGUUAAAGGAUAUGCUUGGAGUGGUGGUGGGCGUGGUAUUGUCAGAGUAGAUGUUUCCAUUGAUGGUGGUAAAACUUGGGAUUCUGCCACCCUAAGUCCACCCAAACAACCAAUGUACAAAACAUUUGCAUGGACUUUCUGGGAAGCAACUCUUCCCAUUCCAAAGAAACAUAAAGGGAAAGUUGAAAUAAUCUGUAAAGCUGCCGACUUGUCCUAUAAUGUUCAACCGGACAGUGUAGAAGGGAUUUGGAAUUUAAGGGGCGUGUUGAGCAACGCAUGGCAUCGUGUGAAUAUAUCUAUUCCAAAGUCGUAAGGGACGGUCGGUCAUCAGUCGUUUAAAUAUUGUAUGUACUAAAUCUGUACCAGAAAUUUGUUUUUAAGGAGAAGAUAUGAUAAGGGUAUUUUCCUCCCUUUAAUUUCAAAGUUACCC